GGACGGCUGAUGUACAAUGAUUUCGAUGCAUAUACAUAGUAUAUCGCUUGCGCAUCGUUACAUGCCAUUUCACAUGGCCACCGCCGCUGUAUGUUUGUUGGUUCUAUGGUUUUGGCAAAGAACGUUGCAACUUACUGUAUGUAGUUUAUGACUAUGACAGUGUUAGAUAAGUAAUCUCAGAACUCGAUUAAUAUUAUAAAACAAUUAAUUUGAAAUCUGAAAAGAAAUGGCUGAAAUACCAUUAGGAUUGGUUAGCCACGCUAGAAAAGUUUGUAGCCUUUAUAAGCAGAGUCUACGUAAUUUAGAAAAUUACUAUAGACUUCGACACGAAUACAGGUAUCAAGCAGUGUUACUAAGGCAACGUUUUGAGGAAAAUCGAAAUAUACUAGAUGCUCGUGUUGCAAAACAACUAUUACUAGAUGGUCAAGAAGAAUUGUUUCAAAAAUUACAUGCGCAACCAAGACAGUUCCCUGGUAGUCCAGGUGGAAUUUGUUAUGAGCGUUAUGCUGAAGCACCAGAUAGUGUACUUGAUUUUUGGGAUCCAAUAGAAAAGGCUCAAUAUCCAAAAUUCUUUGCAAAAAGAGAAGAACUUAAAAAGGAGUAUGAAAAAUUAUAUAAUAAAUUAUAUCCUGAACCUUCCAAGGAAACUCCUAAAACUACCUAA